AAUGAAAACACUAGUCAAUAGAUGAAAACCGCCGGAGCACCGCCGCAUAGAGGUGGUUCCUCCUCCUGCUCCUCCGCUUACUUUUACCGGUCUUCUUCAUCUUGCUCCUCCGAUAGCUGUAGAGUUUUGGUGGUGAAGAUGGGAGGAAAAAGCAAGAAACCUCAAUCUUCUUCUUUUAAGGAUUCAGAGCCAGAACCACCGAGAAUCAAAUCCAACGUUAAGCAUAACUUGCAGCUUCUCAAGUUAUGGAAGGAGUUUCAGAGCAGAAGAUCUGGCACGGCUAAGCCAGCGACUAGUUACAGGAAGAAGAAAGCAGAGAAAGACGAGUUACCGGAUGAUAACGAGCUCUACCGUGAUCCUACAAAUACGCUAUACUACACGAACCAGGGUCUAUUGGACGACGCAGUUCCUGUUUUGCUUGUUGAUGGUUAUAAUGUGUGUGGAUAUUGGAUGAAGCUAAAGAAACAUUUCAUGAAUGGAAGGCUUGACGUUGCUCGGCAGAAGUUAGUUGAUGAACUUGUGUCCUUUAGUAUGGUUAAAGAGGUCAAGGUAGUGGUUGUCUUUGAUGCUCUCAUGUCUGGUCUCCCUACUCACAAGGAAGACUUUGCAGGUGUUGAUGUGAUUUUUUCAGGAGAAACUUGCGCUGACUCUUGGAUUGAAAAAGAGGUGGUUGCUUUGAGAGAAGANCGU